AUGGGCCGAAAAGACACGGCAGCCGUGAACUGUGAGAUUUGUGGAGACAAGUCUUACGGUAGACACUAUGGAGUAUGGGCAUGUGAUGGAUGCAGUUGCUUUUUCAAGAGAAGUGUACGCAAGAAUAUUAUCUAUACUUGUAUUGCGGGAAAUUGGAAGUGCGUCGUGGAUAAAGGCCGAAGGAAUUGGUGCCCGGCGUGUCGGCUUGCAAAAUGCACAAGGUUGAAGAUGAAUAGACUCGCUGUCCAAACUGAACGAGGACCUCGGAGGCUUCGAUGCCUGCAGCUGAAACAUACCAAUAACCCCAUCUCUUUCAAAUAUGACUCGAUAUUCUCGAAAUCCGUAAUCCUUACAUCAAAAUGCUUAUUGCUAAACUUCAUGUCCCAACAGGAACGUCGAGAAGUUGUUGAAGAAAACUGCCAAAUCAUAUUUGCCCUAUUGAUAUUGGCCAGUGGAGAUGAGGCAGUACUAAGCAGGUUUCCACCGCCAAAACCUAUCCCGCAAAAAGUGCAUUGUGACCCAGAACAACUACGGCUGACUAUCUGCAUACUUCUCUCCCAAUCCACCAGUCCCCUUCUGAAAUUCGCUGCACCUUUGGAAAACUUUUAUAAAUGUUGUCUAUGGCGGUACUCCUUCACAAAUGACUCUAUCGAGACAGCUACACAACUAAUCAAUACAGUUACGUGGCUCUAUGAAAACGGACCAUGGGAGAUGUCAAGUUUGCUCCGAAGCUCCAUGAGCAGUCUUAUUACUGAAGUCUUUGAAUCAGAUAAUGUUGAAUUGUUUUGAUUUUCAAUUGAUGGAUGAAUAAAUGUUUUAAUGAAUUUA